AUGUCCAAACCAGUCGAUCGCGCCGCCACUCAUGGCUGGGGUUCGACGCCCUCUCAGAGACACUUUAUUAGCCAUGCCCAAGCCUUGAAGGUCAUCGAUGCUGGUAUCAAGCGUGCAGAGGCUAUAGGUGUACCGCAAAACAUCGCCGUGCUCGAUCCGUCGUCAUGGCUUGUGGCCUUUGUCCAUAUGGAUAAUUCUUUUCUGGGAAGCAUCGACAUUUCUCAGAAGAAGGCCAAAACCGUGGUCCUCUACAACGGCAUCCCCAACAACGCCUUGCAGAAUCGCAGCGAGCCGGGCGGCGAUCUCUGGGGCAUCCAGGAGACCAACGGUGGCACGGUUGUGUUUGGCGGUGGUCAACCGAUCUUUGACCCGGAUGGGUAUUUCAUUGGCGCCGUGGGAGUCAGCGGAGGCACCGUGGAGCAGGACAUUGAUGUGGCGGUGCAUGCGGUGCAGAGUAUUGGCACGACCACCACCUUGUCGUCGUGA